GGAUGCGAUGUUGAGCGAAACAGAUCCCUGCUUUCAUGGAGCUGACCUUCUAGUGGGGAAGAGAUAACUGAAGAAAACGUGAAAGGAGCCAUGAGAAUGUAUAACAGGGGAAGUAAACUAAGAUCUAGUGGGAGGGAGAUGACCUCGAUCUUGCGGAGUCCUCAGGCUCUCCAGCUCACUCUGGCCCUGAUCAAGCCUGAUGCAGUUGCUCACCCACUGAUUCUGGAGGCUGUUCAUCAGCAGAUUCUGAGCAACAAGUUCCUUAUUGUACAAAUGAGAGAACUUCUGUGGAGGAAAGAAGAUUGCCAAAAGUUUUACCGAGAGCAUGAAGGGCGUUUUUUCUAUCAGCGGCUGGUGGAGUUCAUGGCCAGUGGGCUAAUCCGAGCCUACAUCCUCGCCCACAAGGAUGCCAUUCAGCUCUGGAGGACAGUGAUGGGACCGACUAGAGUGUUUCGAGCACGCCACGUGGCCCCAGAUUCAAUUCGUGGGAGUUUUGGCCUCACUGACACCAGUAAUACAACCCAUGGCUCAGACUCUGUGGUUUCAGCCAGUAGAGAGAUUGCAGCCUUCUUUCCUGACUUCAGUGAACAGCGCUGGUAUGAGGAAGAGGAGCCCCAGUUGCGCUGUGGCCCUGUGUGCUACAGUCCAGAGGGAGGCGUCCACUUUGCAGCUGGAACAGGAGGCCCAGGGCCAACCUGAUGCAGGCCUGUCGGUCUGUGAAGACUGGUGGCAUCGCCCAGCCUUUUCUCACAGAACUCUGGUCCAGAGCAUUCUCCUAGGACCAGGGAGGUCUGGGGCUCAUUGUGCCAUCUCUGCUGGGCACCGUCACCUGCAUGAGGUGGCUCCUUACUGCCACCUCUUCUAGAAUCUAACUCUCUAUCUACCUCUUCUCUGGAAUGUUCAUGGGUGGUUCAGAGGAAUGAUGGCUCCUUUUUUUUCUGAGAACUAUUCAUCCUUUUUCAAGCAGGAAGUUGCCUAAUUGACUUGCCUAAAAAAUGCAGUGACUGUAUUAGCAACAUUUGGUUUAUUUUCCUUAAUAAAAGUCAGUAUUCUACUGAAAAAAAAAAAAAAAAAGAAAAAAGAAAACCAGGCAAGGGACUUGGCCACGAAGGCCUUCUGCUCCCCAAACGGCAAGUUAACAAGUGCUGAGUCUAGGGCUGGUGAGGUGCAGGUAAGCCAUGCCCUCUUGGUCAAAGGCCAUCCACCCCCCAGCAUACCCUGUGAUGAGAAACACCUGCUGCUUCUCAGCAGGGACCUCUACCUGGCCUUCAAGGCCCUUAGGAAUCUGGUCCCCCUUUUCUGAUCAUUUAUAAGCCACUCCCACCCUCACAAAUCGCUUGCUCUGGCCAAAGCGGGCAAACCUGCCCUUGGCAACAUGGGCCCCUGCCUCCCUGCAGCCAGUCAUUCUCAGGACCCGGCUGUAGCAUCGCCUCCAUGAAGCCUCCCCUUGCAUGGACCACUUGCUGGUAACCAAUCCUAUACAAUCUCGUUUAUACUACCUUUUCUCAUGAGCAAAUCUUACAUUUCAGUGAAAUGCCCUAGGCAGAGACCCUCUCACGUCUGUGUUCCCCUGGCAGCUCAUGCAAAGGGACACUUGAAAGACACCAGGGGCAGGUGGAUCAAUGAGUCGACGUUGGGCUCUUCCCUUUGAUGCUUGCAGGGAGGGGGCCGCAGAGCAAAGGUGACUGAGCCACUGGACACAUUUAGGGGGACACAGCCCAGAAAAGAGGUAGCACCCGGCACCGAAAAACAGAAGAGCAGCACGGCUCAAACCCCGCCCGAUGACAUCUGUCACGGACCGGCGUGCGAGCUUAACUUCCUGAGCUGUACAGUGAGGCCAACACGUGUUCUACUCACCCCACAGGAUCCGUGUGACAGUCAAGUGAGACACUGUACAGAAAGUGCUUGACAAGCACGGCACACACGGUAGCUGGCGUUAGCUAUCCGUAUGGAGUGGAAAAGAGCUCAGACAGGGGCCAGCUCUCGGC